GACGAAUAUAGUUUCAUUCUUCGGCUAUCAUUUCAAAAAAGCCAACAGUUUAAAUUAUAAAAAGUUAACAAUGUGAUAAUUUCAUGGUUAUUAAAGUUUACUAAACGUUCAUUACAAUGUUUCUAUAAUUGCAAUUAGCAUGUCGUCGCUGAAGCCGGAGUGGAGCCGGACCUGUCGGGUGUGCCUGCAGGAAGGGGAAAUCCGCUCGCUGUUCGAUAUCUGUCCGGAGUCUCAGCUAAGUUACGGUGCCAAAGUGAUGCAGUGUUCUUCGGUGGAAAUCCGACGGAAUGAUUCCCUCCCGGAUCGGAUCUGUUUGAAGUGUAUCGAAGAGCUGAGCGUGGCCUAUCGGUUCCGGGGAAACUGUGAAAGCUCCGACGCAAUUCUGCAAUCCUACCGAGAAGAGAUAUCUGGGGGCGAAUGUCCGCAGAUUCUUGGUGAGGAUGGCGAUUUUGAUACGCGUUCAAUGGCAUCUUCGUCGGAAAUUCAGAUUCCGAUCAGCUCGGAUGUGUUGUACAGUUACAAACCUCCGUCGGGACUGAACGUGAAGCUGGUUUCCAAACAGAAGACAGUGCUGCUGGAGAACAACGGGGAAAUUAUAAUUUGUGGUCCGGUGAUUGAAAAGGAUGAGGUACCAGAUGGUGGUGACAGGAGUCUUGUCGAGAUGGCACCAGAAACAGAAUCGUUCGAUGAUGAUAACGAUUCGUUGAUUACCUAUGACGAUGCUUUGCCGCCUUCGCGAACGUCCCAAGCGGGGAAUGUAAAGGAGGAAGACGAUGGAACUGAAGAAGACGAGGGAAUGGAAGAGCGGCCAAAGCUAAUGAAAGGACUGGUUAAGCAGGAAGGUGAUAGUCAAUCUGUCGAUAAUAGAGGCAAACAAGCAGACGAUAGCAGAUGUGAUAUCUUCUUCGAUGCGGACCUGGUGUACAUGGACAAGGAGGAGGAUAUUUUGAAUCAACUGGCCAGUAUCAAGCGAGAAAACGAUGUAGACGAUUGGGAAAUUAUUGAAGACGACGAGAGUAGCUCAGAAUAUUUUCAGAAGUUUCCGCAACAAAAAGCAUCCGAUCAUCAGUUGAAGAAAACGAUUCAAGUCACCACGUUACCAUCACCGAUUAGUAUAGGUUUAAUGAAAACGAUUAAAACCAUCAGAAAGGCAAAUAUACCCAACGAGGAGAAACCGACAAUAGAUAAUGUGUUCACGAGAUCCGGUCCGGACGGGCUGGAAACAGUCAUCCGGGUGAAACGGAAUCUCAAGCCUGUCCAGCAGCAGCACAUUUGCAAGUUCUGCAACAGUUCGUACAAGUACAAGCACGCUCUGGAAACGCACCUGCGGCGACAUCGGGGCGAUAAGCCCUACAAGUGCACACACUGCGAGAAGGCUUUUGUGGUGCCGUUCGAGCUGAGGAGGCAUAUGCGGACGCACACUGGUGCCAAACCGUACAAUUGUGGGUUCUGCGAUAGGAAGUUUUCCGAUUUUGGUAGCAAAAUUAAACACGAACGGACGCAUACGGGUGAAAGGCCCUAUGUAUGCAAAAUUUGUGAGAAAAGUUUUACCUAUUCUCAUGUUCUCAAUAGUCACAUGCUGAUUCAUACAGGAGUGAAGAAAUAUGCUUGUUCAGAGUGUGGCAAACGCUUCGCCAAAUCUCACCACCUUAAAUCGCAUCGGAACAUACACGUGCGGGCCAGCUUGAACAACAAUAAUAUCAGCAAACCUGUGCCCACCAGACCAACUCAGAUGACCCCAACCGAUUCUCCCAUCAUCACCAGUUUGCCCCUGGUGGUCGAUGACGAUGAGCUGGAUCUGGACCAAGCGGCGGUUGUUCCCAGCCAUGUCGAUCAGCUGAUAGCGGACAGCAUAGUCGACAGUCGGAGCAAUGACUUCCAGCUGGAGGACUCCGUCGUGGGGGGUUCCAAUCCGUUUGGGCAGCUUGUAAAUAUUAGCGAUUACAUGACGAUCUCGACGAAACCCGAUCCCCAGGAUCCGACGUCCACGGUGUCGAUUGGAGCCAUCAUGGGCGAUGACGACGACGAUGACGUCGAGCAUUCUGUGGGCUGUGGGGUGAUUCAUGGUGACAUCGGACAAGCGCAGGUCGGCACCACCGACGAUGACGACGACGACCCGCUGCUGAAUGUGGUUACGGUGCUGGCGUCUAGUCAGGUUCCCGGACUGGUCGGAGGCGACUACGGAAACAUUCAGAUCAUCAACGGGUUGUCUAAAACCAAUUUUGGUGCCUUCCAUGUUCCUGCAAAUCUUUUUGUUGUUAAUCAGCACUAAAGGCUAUUGUUUUGUAAAUGACUUUAGGUAAGUGACAUUUAAUUAUCUUUAUGGGGUUUACCUUAAUUUAAUUGAUUAUAAGGAGAGCUUUCUGGUGGAAUAUAAUCUUGAUACAAUUUUCUACCUACGAGGCUCAAAAUUGCGACAAAUCGUAGUCUUAAGACUGAGUUAUUAAAAUUUUAUGUAAAUAAAAUGAAUAAUUCUAA